AUGCGUGCUACUUUAAUAUGGACUAUUAAUGAUUUUCCUGCCUAUGGAAUGCUAUCUGGAUGGAUGACAGCUGGAAAGUUAGCAUGUCCCUACUGUAUGGAAGAUACUAAAUCAUUCACAUUAAAACAUGGCCGAAAGAAUUCAUGGUUUGAUUGUCAUCGUCGGUUCUUGCCACCUGAUCAUGAGUUUAGGAGAAAGAAAUAUGCAUUUAAAAAGAAUAAAACUGAACGAGAUGGUCCACCCCCAAUAUUAACGGGUGAUGAUAUUUGGGAAAGGGUUCAAAAUUUUCCAAAGGUAACUGAGGAACCACUGUACAAAUUUGAUGGGUAUGGUGUUGCACAUUAUUGGACUAAACAGAGAAUAUUCUGGGAGUUACCUUAUUGGAAGGAUAAUUUGCUUAGACAUAAUCUCGAUGUCAUGCAUAUUGAAAAGAAUUAUUUUGAUAAUUUGUUCAACACUGUAAUGGAUGUAACUGGCAAGACAAAAGAUAAUGUUAAGGCUAGACUUGACUUACCAGAACAUUGUAGACGACCGGAGUUGCAUUUACAGGAGUCUGCCAACAACAAGUUACUUAAGCCCAAGGCUAGUUAUUCAUUCACAAUGGAACAAAAGAGAAAAAUUUGUGAGUGGGUGGAAAGCUUGAAAAUGCCAGAUGGAUAUGCCUCAAAUUUGGGAAAGAAGGUUGACAUUGAGCGUGGAAUAUUGCAUGGGAUGAAAAAUCACGACUGUCAUGUUUUUAUGGAACAAUUACUUCCGAUUGUUUUUUGUGGAUUGCCUGAAAACAUAUGGAAACCGAUGGCAAAAAUCAGUUUGUUCUUCAAAGACUUGUGUUCCAGCACAUUGAUAGUAGAGAAUCUGGUUCGGAUGGCCAAAAAUAUAGUUGUUAUUAGUAAUAAGUUGGAGAAGAUUCUUCCACCUGGGUUCUUUGAUGUGAUGGAACAUCUUCCUAUUCACCUUGUUCAUGAAGCUCUACUGGGAGGUCCAGUUCAAUAUAGGUGGAUGUAUCCUUUUGAGCGGAGCAUUGGCAAGUCUAAAAGGGGUAUUAAGAAUAAACAUAGGGUGGAGGGCUGUAUAGCUCAAGUAUAUCUAGCUAAAGAAAGAUCCCACUUUUGUUCUUACUACUUUGAUGAUUAUGUGUCGUGUUUGAGAAACAGACCUAAUCGACAUGAUGUUACUGGGAAUGAUCCUGCAGUACAAUCAUUAUCAAUCUUCAACCAACCGGGUAAGGGUUCAAAAAAGCGUACAUUGCACAAACUUACCGAAAAGGAGAAAAAAUCUGCAGAGCUUCAUGUCUUGUUGAAUUGUCCAGAAGUCCAACCCUUCUUAGAUUAUUUUGUGAGCCAAUAUGGUGAUGAUCAAGUGUUUCCAUCAUUUAUAACAUGGUAUACUAAUUGGGUCUACAAUUCAGAAAAUGCCGCCACAUUUGAUCAAUUUUUCAAGGAUAUUUCUUGGGGACCGAUUACAGUUCACACAAUGUCCCAAUAUAACGUAAAUGGUUUUAAAUCUGCCAUAGAGAAAUACUCAAAGAAUAAGAAAACUAAUAAUAGUGGUGUUUGGGUUAAAGGUGAUAAUGGAAAUCAAAAUGAGAAUGUUGAUUAUUUUGGCGUCCUACAGGAGAUUGUAGAGUUGGAGUAUUCGAGUUGGCCAAUCAAAAGAAUAGUACUUUUCCAAUGCAAGUGGUUUGAUCCAACUCCAAGAGGUACGAAGGAGCUUAAGCAGCAUAAUAUCAUUGAAGCCAAUCACACUAGGAAGUAUGAGGCUUAUGAUCCUUUUAUUAUUGCAUAA